AAAAACAGAGAGAAAAAAUUUCCCCUCCUCCUUUCUCUCUCGCUCUCUCCUCCUCCUCCGUCUGGCCUUCGUCUGUCCGAUAAUGAAAAAAUAAAGAAAGAGAAAAAUUUCCCCUCCUCCUACUUCUCUUCUCCGUCACUUUCACUUCAACAGAUUCUUUCCCGAUUCAAUUCCUUCACCGUUGCUCCCAAUUGCCUACCGACGGCAUUCGCCAGUGCCGUUUGCCUGCGGCGGCCUGAAUUUUUGCAAGCCUUUUUUCGAUUUUAGCUCAACGAGGAAACUUGAGGGGAUCUGCGUUCAUCCCUCUUUUGGGGUUAUAAUUUUGUCGCCGGAAAAGAAAGACGGGGUGAUUCUAGAAAUCGACCGGUAAGGAUCCAGCCACGGUAGAAACAGCGACAUCUAAUGGCGCUGUUCAGACGCUUCUCCUACCGGAAGCCACCGGAUCGGCUUCUGGAGAUCUCCGACAGGGUUUACGGUACCUCCUUCCCCUGCUUUUCCUUUUGCUCCCAACCAAACCCGCCAGAACUCGUCUUCCUUCGUAUUACAGCAUUCUCUUUGUUUGCACCCUGGAAUUUGAUUGAUUGUUGUCGUUGAUUUUGCUGAUCCUUUGUUCCUGCAAAUUAUUCUUCCCUUUAUUUUUCCGUUGAUUGGAAAAGGGUUUUCUGCUUGAUAGGUUUUAUGAUUAGGGUUCGUGGAAUUCUGUAGCUCAAAUUUGAAGUUCCGUUUCAUGUGCUGAGACAAUGUGAUCUGAAUUUCGAACCAUCUUCUUGCCUCUCUUCUUAUCCUUAUAGCACCCAAUGGGGUAAAGUUGGGGAAUUCAGUAUCUUCAGGGUUCUGAGAUCCAUACACGAGCCUUAUUAUAACUCGAUGAAGAACAGAACUGAGUCUACUUUCUUAAUUUGUGGGUUGUAGAAUUAAGCGAGAAUUGGCAUUUGAAUGCUGCCGGAUAUUCAAUGUCCUGCUAUUAUUAGAUUGGUUGACUUAUUUAUGAGAGCUUUCUUUAAUUCCCAGCCUUUAUUCCUUCUCUCCCCCCAUUUCCUCCCUUUUGGUAGUUUUCGACUGUUGCUUCUCCACCAAUGUCAUGGAAGAGGAUGAGUACAAGCUCUACUUAGGUGGGAUUGUAGCAAAGCUGCAGGAAAACUUUCCCGAUGCUUCCUUUAUGGUGUUUAAUUUUCGAGAGGGAGAUAGACGGAGCCAACUUUCAGACAUCUUAACACAGUAUGACAUGACAGUUAUGGAUUACCCUCGUCAAUAUGAAGGGUGUCCAUUGUUGCCUCUGGAGAUGGUUCAUCAUUUCCUUCGAUCUUGUGAAAGCUGGUUGUCAUUGGAGGGGCAACAAAAUGUUUUGUUAAUGCAUUGCGAAAGAGGAGGAUGGCCUGUGCUUGCUUUCAUGCUUGCCGGUCUUUUGCUAUAUCGGGGCCAGUAUAGUGGGGAGCACAAGACUCUUGAAGCAGUCUACAAGCAAGCUCCUAAGGAACUUCUACAUGUUUUAUCUGCUUUAAAUCCAUACCCUUCCCAGCUCAGAUAUCUUCAGUAUAUUUCUAGAAGGAAUUUUGGGAUUGAUUGGCCUCCUUCUGACACACCCUUAAUUCUCGACUGUUUGAUGCUUAGAACCCUUCCACUCUUUGAAGGAGGAAAAGGUUGCAGGCCGGUUGUGCGUGUUUAUGGCCAGGAUCCUUCAAAACCAGCCAAUAGAACGUCUAAGCUUUUGUAUUCAACUUCGAAGACGAAAAUACACAUACGCCACUAUGCACAGGAAGACAGUAUGCUUGUGAAAAUAGAUCUUAGAUGCCGUGUACAAGGUGAUGUUGUUGUUGAGUGUAUCCACUUGGAGGAAGACCUCGUGCACGAGCAGAUGAUCUUCAGACUGAUGUUCCACACAGCAUUUGUGCGAGCAAAUAUUUGGAUCUUGAACCGUGAUGGCAUUGAUAUUUUGUGGGAUGCCAAGGAUCAAUUUUCACGGGACUUCAAAGCAGAGGUACAUUUUGCAGAUGCAGACACUGUUUUCCCAUCUGUCACAACAGUUUUGACUGGUGACGAUCUGAAUGAUUUAGAAAGUGCUUCACCUGAAGAAUUUUAUGACGUGGAAGAGAUCUUCACAGUGGAGGCGCCAGAAUCAAAAGGGAACUUUGAUACUCAUAUAACCCUGGAGGCAUCACCUCCCGGUCUCUCCUGGGGGUCUACUUCUGCACCACCAUCGUCACAACCUCCACCACCUCCUCCUCCCCAAAUCGCUUCUCAAGGUUCUUUGUCUUCAACAUUGCUGCCCCCUCCCUUUAGUCAGUUGCAGAAUGUUGCUCGUUGCAGUCCACCACCAACUCCUCCACCACAACUUCCCUUUAUUCAUUUGCAAGAUGUUCAUUGCAUCCCAUGGCCGCCACCGCCACCACCACCGCCUAUGCCCAUGAGAAGUCAAGGUUCUCCACUUGCAUCACCAUCAUUUUCAAGAAGUGGACUUCCACCUCCACCUCCGCCGCUACUGCCACCUACUAGAUUGGGAGCUCCUACACCACCUCCUCCCCCACCACCAUCAGUCAGUGGGGCUCCUCCACCUCCACCACCACCUUUGCUUAGAGCCCCAGCACCACCUCCACCUCCUCCUCUUCCUCCUCCUCUAGGGGGUCGAGGGCCUCGUCCACCCACUCCUCGUGGAGGAAGUAUUCCAGGUCCUCAGGGAGUUGGGUCGCCCCCACCACCACCCUUAGGUGCCAAAAGAGUUGCUGCUGAUGCAAGGGGUAGAGGACGAGGGAGUGGAAUGGGUGCUGCUAUGGCACGUCGAAGAUCUUCAUUGAAGCCAUUGCAUUGGAGCAAAGUAACAAAGGCAAUAAAAGGAACUUUGUGGGAAGAACUACAAAAGGGAGUCCUAGACCUAGAAAAUUACAACCCGACCCGUUGACCCGACCCAAAACCGCUCGAAGAGUAGAAAUUUUUAUAAUCCGAAAUCCGAAUGACCCGUGCCCGAUAACCCGUGAUAUUUGGGUCGGGUUGGGUUGGUUAGCGGGUCGACCCGUUUCAUUUUAUAUAUCACUUCACAAAAGAUGCAAUCACUCAUAAAUUGAUGAGAUGUUUAAAAAAAAUAACAAGGAUUUGAAUGACAUGUUUGGAGUUUAAGGAUAAUCAAAUAUAAUGUGUUUCUUAUAGUAGUAUUACUGUUGUGAU